AUGAUUAACAACAACUUACCACUACCUCAACCCCAGCCACUCUCUGGUAGCAAUAUACCAACCUCGUAUGUAUUUGUGGGUGACGAAGCUUUUGGACUGAGCAAACAUAUUAUGCGUCCAUAUGGUGGUAAAAAUCUUGACUUACAACAAAAGGUUUUCAAUUAUCGUCUAAGCAGGGCCAGAAGAUAUGUCGAAUGCGCUUUUGGGAUUAUGGCAAACAAAUGGCGCAUUUUUCACAGACCGAUAGACGUGUCCUAUGACUUCGCUACUGACAUAAUAAAAGCAUGUUGUGUACUACAUAAUUUUGUCGCUGAUCGAGAUGAUUUUAGACAAAGAGAUACAUUUGCUAUAAGUGUUGAUGAAUUUCUCCCAAUACAACCCGCAGAUGAAGAACAGACAGCACCGAAUGUCAUAAGACAGCAUUUUGCGACCUAUUUUAUGACUAGAGGAACUCUGCCUUGGCAACUAAAGAAGGUAUAA